AUGGAGGAUCCCUUUGGACCCGGCCCUCUGCCGCAGGUACCUAACCUCUCCAUCCCGCUGGGCCAGGGUAUCAACCUGUCGUCUGUGGGGGGCUCUGCUGCCGGGAUGCUGUCCCCGGCUCCCACACUUCCAAGCCAUAAGGUCCGGCUCGUUUCUCUCGGGAUAAUCUUGGUGGUGGCAGUGGUGGGUAACGCCACCGUGCUUUGUACGCUGUGCGGCAGUGGCGGUGGACCCUGGGCCGGCCCCAAGCGUCGGAAGAUGGACUUUCUGCUGGUGCAGCUGGCCCUGGCCGACCUGUACGUGUGCGGGGGGACCGUGCUGUCGCAGCUGGCUUGGGAGCUGCUGGGGAACACCCACCUGGUGGCGGGAGACCUGGCCUGCCGGGUAGUCAAGCUGCUGCAGGUGUCAGCGCUCCUGGCCUCCUCCAACAUCCUCGCCCUCAUCUGCCUGGAGCGACACCGGGUGGUGAGCCGGCCCCUGGGCCCUCCCCUCCCCACCCGCGCUCUUGCCGCCCUAGGCUGGCUGCUGGCACUGCUCCUCGCCCUGCCCCAGGCUUUUGUGGUCCGUGGCUGGCCGUCCGCCGGCCUCCCCGACGGCUACAGUGGAGUUCCCGCCUUGCCCUCGGCUUCGUCCACACCUGGCUCUUCCCUAGCCACCUCGCAGAACCCGCCAGGGCCAUCGGCUUCUGCCCGGGCAUGGUCCGGAGAGCGCCGGUGCCGUACCAUCUUCGGAGCCCUGCCUCGCUGGCACCUGCAGGUCUACACGGUGUAUGGGGCCGUCGCGGGCUUCCUGGCCCCUCUUGCCGUUGUGGGCGUCGCCUGCGGCCGCCUGCUCUGGACUCUGUGGCAGCAGCGACCCCAGGCGUCAGCUCCUGUCCCCUGGUCCCCCUGCGCCUGGGAGGCUGGCCACUGCAGGGCCCCAGCUCGAAGCUCGCUCACUCGAGCCAAGGUGCAAAGCCUAAAGAUGACCCUGGUGCUGGCCCUGCUCUUCGUGGUCUGCGAGCUGCCCUACUUCGCGGCGGAGCUGGCUGCUGCUUGGUCGUCCGAGCCCCCGGACGAAGGUCAGGGCCAGGGCUUGGCCUCUGCGCUGGGCGUCGUGGUGGUCACUAACAGCGCCCUCAAUCCCUACGUCUACCUCUUCUUCCAAGCUGAUGAUAGCCGGCUGCGGCGGUUGUGGAGGAGGCUGGGCACAGUCUGCUGCUGCGGCCACUGCCCGAAGAAAGGAGACGGGGAGGACGAGGACGAGGCGGCCCGGGGACACCAGCCACUCCACCGGCACCGCUGGCCCCACCACCACUAUCAUCACCAUCAUCGUCGGGAACAGCCUGGAGCUUCCACGUCGGAGGGCUUCCUUCACCCACCACUACCGCCUGCCCCCAAGCAGCUCCCCUGCUCCUGUGAAAGCGCCUUCUAG